AUGGAUUCUAGCCAAGAAGAUGAUGUUUCAUCGGUUAAAUCUGAUGAAAAUCUAUCGGCAACAGUUGCUAUACCCGAUGUAACUCUUUCAACUAAUCCAAGGACAGUUCGUGAAUUUGAUACGGAAUUUCAAGAGCUUAAACGUGAAAAUUUUAAUUUAAAAUUACGAAUAUUUUUUCUUGAAGAACAAAGUACAGUUACAUUAGAUAAUAAAGAUACAUCAUCAACAGCAAUUCAACGUCGUCGUGCUCUUCAUACAUCACCAAUUCGCCAUGGUGACCUACAACAAACAUCUAAUAACGAACAAUCAUCAAAAGAAUCUGAUCAAGAUCAGCAAACAUCAUCAGUAAUUCGCCGUCAACAAGAGACACAAGUUAGUGCUAUUCGAUCGACUGAUGAAAGCGAUGAGUUACAACAAUUAAAACUUGAACUUGAACGAUGUCGUAAAGAAAGUUCAGGACUUCGUAAAUUACUUCGUGAUUCUGGUGAAAUUGGAGAGAAUAUAAGACUAUCAACUGUUGGUCAAAAUACUCAAACAUUCACAACAGUAACUUCAGACACAGCAAUGCCUGUUAGUCAAUAUACUGUACAAUUCAAUGAACGUGAAAGAAAACUUCAAGAAGAAAAUAAUUUAUUAAAACAAGAAACAGCUUCAUUAAGGUCAAAAUUAACUGAAGUUAAUAACAGUCUAGAACAACUUAACGAGAAAUAUAAAGAAGAACAAAUCAAAUCCGAACGUGUAUUGAGACGUUUAAAAGCUGAUUAUGAUACACGUAUUUCUACUCUGGAAGGAGAACAUCAAAAAAAAUUAGCUGCAUUUGAAUCAUAUCGACAUGAGCCAUUACUUGCUCGAAUUCGUUUUACUUAUCCAUUGCAAGAACAAACAGGUUCUGAUGGCAAUUGCGAAGAAUACCUUCGAACAAUACGUCACCAAGGUUGUAUCAUUAAAAAACUUGAAGCUAAAAUUCAGGAACUCACUGAACGCCCACUUCCACUAUCAACGAGUUCUCACCUAACUGAAGAAAAUUCUCAAAGCUUCAAUGAAAAAUUAGAACCAUAUAUUAAAAUAAUUGAAAAUUUACGAGCAGAAUGUAAUGAACUUCGUCGAAGUGAAGCGUAUUUACGAACACAAGUUGCUAAUUUAAUUCAUAUUUUGAAUCCAUCGACAUCAACUUCAGAUUUACCACCAUUACCUCGAUCAUCACCAUUGAUUGCUACUGAAACUCAUCAAAAUCCUGAAGCAGCUGUUGCUCAAGUAACAGUACAACUUCGAAAUGUUGCUGAUGAUGUAUCUGGUUUAACAAAUCGUAUAUCGAAAAUAAAACGUGAUUAUGAUGAUAGUCAAACUACAAUUAGAAAACAAGAGAUACAAAUUCGAGAAUAUGAAGCACAUCUAACUGAAAUUGAAAAAGAAAUGAAAGAUCAAUUUGGUUUUAGAAUUGAAACAUUGGAACAAGAAAAAAAUAAUUUAAGAAUACAAAUUGAUGAACGUGAUCGUCGUUCAAGAGAAAUUACCAAUGAUAUUGCUCGAAUGAGAUUAGAAUCACAACAAAUUAUUAAUGAUCUUGAAACUCAAUACACACGAGAAACACAAAAUUUACAAGAACAAAAUCAAAGAUUAACUGAACGUAUACGUAAUUUUCAAGAAGAAUUAGAUAACGAACAACAAACAAAUAAUGAUUUACGAAGAGAUUAUGAAAAUUUAAAAAAAGACCUCGAAUCCAAAAAUAUUGAAGAAUUAGAAAGCAUCAUUCAACAACAGAAAGCACAAAUCGAAAAUUAUGCUAUAGAAUUUCGAGAAAUGGAAAAUAGUUUUCAAGAAGAACGAUUUCAUCUACAACGAGAACGCGAUUUCGAAAGAAAGAAAGUUAAUGAAAUACAAAUUGAAUUAAAUAAUGCUACUACACGAUCUAGAGAUCUUCAAACUCAAUAUGAUCAAUCACAAUUGAUUAUUGUCGAACAACAAAAGAAAAUUGAAAACCAAAGCCUAAAUGUUCAAAGUCAAAUAGCUCAAUUAGCAAUCGAAAGAGAUAAUCUAGACAAUCAAGUACAAAUGAUUAAACAUGACAAACAAACAGUGGAAAAUCGACUAUAUGAAUAUGAAACUAAACUUACUAAAUUAACACAAUUAAAUAAUGAAUUAAACGAACGAAUAAUUGCCUAUGAAACGCAUUCACGUGAUAUUAAUGAUGAUAAAAAACGAUAUCAAACUGAACUGAACAUAGUACAACAUGAUAAUCACAAUGUAAUACAACGGUAUCAAAAUGAACUUAGUACAUUACAACGUGAUAAUCAAAAUGCAAUAGAACGAUAUGAAACUCUCCAACGUGAAAGAACAGAUUGGGAAAAGAAAUAUCAUAAAGUAUUACAUGAUAAAGAGAUUCUUGAAAGAGGCCAUCGUCAAAGUCUAACAGAGCUUCAAACUCUAAAAAAAGAUAAUUUUGAUCUUCGUCAUGAAUUAGAUAGACUUGAGAUUAGAAUUCGUCUUGAAAUUAGUCAAGAAUAUGAACAAGAUUAUCGUAAACGUUACAGUCAAAUAUCCGAUGAUCUUGGAAAAGAAAAAGAAAUUCUUGAAUCUACUCUUCAAGAAAAGACUAAUGAAAUAGCACGUUUUGAAAGACAAUUACAGACCCUACAAAAUGAAUUACAAGAAGCCAAUACAAUAAUUCAAUCUUAUGAAAAUGACAUUGAACAUUGGAGAAGCGAUCUUAGAAGAGCAGAAGAAGUCAAUAAACAAAUUGAAUUUGAUGUAUCUCGUCAAUAUACAAGUCAAUUAAACACUCAAAAGGAUCGCAUACAAAAAUUAGAAAAUCAAAAUCAAGCAUAUGAAACACAAAUCGCUGAGUAUAAACAACAGUUUACAAUUGUUCCAAAUAAUAUCGAUCAACUCGAAAAAGAACUUCGUGAAAAAGAAAUUCUAAUACAAAAAUUUCAAGACGAUCUUACUGUUGUUGAAAAUGAACGAAAAGAUACUCAAACACAACUUGAAAUUCGAAUUCAACAAUUAGAAAAAGAUCUUCAAACUAAAGAAGAAUUUAUUCAAACACAUAUUGAAUCCCUUAACAUAAAAGAUCAACAUAUUGAAAAACUUCUUGAAGAUAUUAAAAGAGUUGAUAAUCCAAAUAGUAGUACAAUUGAAACAUUACAUCAAGACCUUGUCAAACGUGAACGACGAAUUGAUGAACUACUAAAUGAAAAAACUUCAAUUACUCAAGAAUAUGAACGAUAUAUUAGUGAAUUAAAAUUAAAUAUUCAAGAUUGUAAACGUAGAUUUACUCAAACUAAUGAUCAAUUACAAGAAGCUGAACAAAAAAUUGAUGCAUUACAAUUUGAAAUUGACGAGCUUACGCGACGUCGUAACUCUUUAGAUUUUAAUCUUAAUAUUGCUCUUGAAGAUAAAGAAACACAUUUGGAUAGAAUAAGAAAUUUAGAACAACAAUUAGAAAUGGCAAAGAAAACAAAUGGUGUAACUCCAUCCGAUCAACGUAAUCAAUAUCAAAGUAUUAUUGAUGAUCUUAAUGAAAAAUUUAAACAACGUGAAAAUUUAGUUCAGAAUCUUCAAAAUUCUCUUCAUCAUUCUAAUGAAGAAUUAAACAACCUCUAUCAAGCUCAUAAUAAACUUCAAAGUGAUUAUAAUCGAAUAACUCUUCGUAACGAGAGAAUGGAAAAACAACUUAAGUCUGAUGUAGAAAAUCGUGAUCAAUUAAUUGCAACAUUACGUCAAAAUUUAUCCGAAAGAGAACGAGAGAUCAAUAAAUUACAUGAAAUUAAUAUAGAGAACGGAAAAAAAAUAAAUAAAUUACAUUCGAAAUUUAUUGAAAUGGAACCAAAUUUUGAAUCAAUAGUAUCAGAUGAACGUACAUCUACAAAUGCAGCAUUACAAAUCGAAAUACAACGGAAAGAUCAAGCAUUUAAUUUCUUAAUUUAUAUUAACUUUAUUUUAGUACAAAGUAAUUAUGAACAUUUAAGUCGUGAAGAACUUUUAUAUGAACUUGAAAUGUCUUUACAACAUAAUGAAGAAUUAAAUGAACAAUUAAAAAACAAAUUUCCUACUAUCACUGAAUUACACAAACAAUUAGUCGAAAUACGACAUGAACUUUCACGUCAAAAAUAUGUUAAUCAAGUUUUAUGGCGUAAACUUAAUGCAUUAAUUGAUAUUCAUGGCUCAAAUACACGAGCUGAAUUAGCUGUUGAAUUAGCUAAUUAUCAGGAUGAACUUGCAAAAUUAAAAUUACAACAAAGCCAACAAAAUUUUUGUUCGUUACAUAAUGGAAUGUUAUCGACGAGUAUUGAAUUACCAACAAAAAACAUUAAAUCAACUAUAGCAUUAUUAGAACGUUCCAAUAUUGAAUGGCAAACAAAAUUAGCACGUCUUACAGAACAACUUGGUCGAAGUGAAAAUCAAUCGAGAAAUUAUCAUCGAGAAUUGAUUAAAUAUCAAAAUGUAUUAUAUGAAGCUGGUUUAAUUGAAUCAUGUAUUCGACAACGUCGACGAAGUGCUGAUGAUUCAGUUAUAAUGAGUCGAAAUGAGUCAAAUAAAAUAAACAAUGAUGUUACAGAAAUCGAUAAUAUCAAUGAACUCAAAGAAAUAAUUCGUAAUCAACGUAAAUUUAUUCAACAAUUACAAAUGCGUGUUCGAACUAACACACCAGAUAUAAUUCAAUCACCAACGAUAGACAAACUUCAACAACAGAUACAAAAUUUAAAUCUUGUUAUUGAAACCUACAAAGAUGAAUCAAAUUUACUUAAAAUUGAACUUAAAAAACUGUAUAAAACAAUUGAACAUAGUAGAAAAACACAACAAAACUAUGAAAAAAUUUUUCGAGAACAACAAACUUGUAUUGAACAAUCAAAAAAGAAAUUAAAUAAAUAUGAACAAUUCUUCAAAAAAUAUGAUACUCAUUUACCAAUAUUUGAUGAAAGAAAAGAACAUAUUAUUGAUCAAAUGGAUGAAUAUAUUAUUGAUUUAGAUAUUGACAUAUUACAAGGAAAUGAUACGAAAAAAAAAACAUCAGUGAAUAAAAGAGAUGGUGCAUUAAGUAGUACAAUAGAUCCAAAUGACUUUCAACGACAAAUACAUGAAAAAGACGAACAAAUUCGAAUAUUAAAUAAUGAUAUCAAUAGAAAAGGUGAACAAAUUCAAGAACUCACGACUAAACUUACUAAUUUGGAAAAAGUCAAUGAAGAUGCUGAAUAUCGUCAUCGUAUUGAAUGUGAUCGAAUUCGUCAAGAUUUCACUGGUGGAUCACGUAAAAUUGAAAAUGAAUUACAAGAAGCACGUUUACAAAUCGAUUCUCUUAAAACAUUAAAAAUUCAAUUUGAUCAAAGUGAAGAAAAAAAUCAACGAUUAAAUAAUGAAAUCCAACGUCUAAAGGAUGAAAUAAAACGUUUAAAAGAUGAAGUCAAACGUAAUGAAUCUGUCAUCGACCAUUAUAAAACUCAAAUUACUAUAUUAGAACGAAAGCCUGUGAUGGAUGAUAAUGAUACAAGUGAAAUUUCAAUUCGAAAAAAUGAAUUAUCACAAUUAUUACAAGAAAUGCGUCUUCUUCGUCGUGAUCUUGAACGAAGUAUCGAAAAGCAAAAAGAAUUGCAAGCAAGACUAGAUGACAAUAUUCGUCAAUCACGAUCACCACGUUCAUUUACAUUUUCUGGUCGUGGGGUUUCAUAUCCUGAUCUUCGUGUACUUGAUGCAUCCGGUGUAGUUGGUGCUGAGAAUUUAUCAUCAUCAAUUAUGAUUGAUGAAAAAGUUUCAAAACCUAUAGCUUCAUCUACAAGUGAACUUGAACAGGUUGAAUAUGCUCAGCAAUCUUUUGAAGAAACUGUGCCAAGAAUUUCUAUGCGACAAUAUAUUGUUGGUGAAUCAAAAAUUCAUGACGAUCUUCGUCGGUUAAUACAAGAUAUUAGAAUUGAUUUAAAAGCACUUGCACCGCAUUUACAAGAUCAACUUCGUUCAAAAACUGAUACAGCAAUCAGAUCGCUUGAAGAACAUUUAAACCAACUUGAUAAACGUUUGACGCAUGUUCUUGAUUUAAUUGAAACAUAUUGGAAAGCUGAUUUACCAGAAAAAAAUCAAUAUAAUGAACAUAUAUUUAUUGAUCAUCGUCUCAUGGAAGAAAAUAAACGUCUUCUAUUUAAUCAAAGAAAAUAUCUUCAAGAUAUUCAAUUUUUAAAACAAAAAUAUCGAGAACAAUCAAAUCAUUUAGAACAACUACUCGCUCAAUUAACUAAAGUGAAUCGCAAAAAAUCUGAUACAGGCGAAUAUUUGGCAUUGUUACUCCAGCCAACAUUAGAUGUUCUUCAAAAAGCUCGUUCAAAUAUUGAACAUCAUUUAAAAGAAUCAAAUACAAAUAAUAUACCACCCGGUAGUGCUCAAACACAUCGUCGUCAUCGUUCUAAUCGUAAAGAUUAG